GAUAAAUUCAGCGCUGGUUCCUCUGCCCCACGUCAGCCCUCCAAGCGGACCCCAACAGGCCGAUUGACGACAUAAGGCACUCCCUUACUAGCACUUAGGUAGUACCAGCAUAGCCAUAGCUAUCUUAACAGGGUUCCGAGCAGGCUAGCUGUUUUUCCCGGCCUUCAUCAUCGCCCUCCUGUGCUUCCCGCUUCUAGAAUUUCUUCAACUUGUUUCCUCUCCUCCAUCUAUCUAUACCUCAGACUGAAUCUGAACUCCUCACAUACUUCUCUCCUCUUUUAGAUCAACUCAACCUACACAGCAGUCACAAUGCCUGGUUUUUCGCAGGCUACAGAACUCGGUGCCUGGAAAGAGCUCCAGGAGCACCACAACUCCCUCGGACGCAACAUUGUCCUCAAGGAAUACUUUGAGAAGGACCCUCAGCGCUUCGAGAAAUUCAGCCGUACCUUCGCCAACCCGGUUGACAACACCGAGAUCCUCUUCGAUUUCUCCAAGAACUUCCUCACUGAGGAGACCCUUGCCCUCCUGGUGAAGCUCGCCAGAGAAGCCGGCGUGGAGGAACUCCGCGAUGCUAUGUUCAAGGGCGAGCCCAUCAACUUCACCGAGAACCGUGCUGUUUACCACGUUGCUCUGCGCAAUGUCACCAACGAGCCCAUGCAGGUCAACGGCAAGAGCGUCGUUGACGAUGUCAACUCCGUGCUUGAGCACAUGAAGGAGUUCACGGAGCAGGUUAGAAGCGGUGAAUGGAAGGGUUACACGGGCAAGAAGAUCAACACAAUCAUCAACAUUGGUAUUGGUGGCUCGGAUCUCGGCCCUGUCAUGGUGACCGAGGCGCUCAAGCCUUAUGGCGCCGAGGACAUGACCCUUCAUUUCGUCUCCAACAUUGACGGAACUCACAUUGCCGAGGCUCUCAAGCACUCCGACCCCGAGACCACUCUUUUCCUGAUUGCUUCCAAGACAUUCACCACUGCAGAGACCACCACCAACGCAAACUCCGCGAAGAAGUGGUUCCUUGAAUCUGCCAAGGAUGAAGCCCACAUUGCUAAGCACUUCGUCGCUCUCUCCACCAACGAGGAGGAGGUGACCAAGUUUGGUAUUGACAAGAAGAACAUGUUCGGUUUUGCGUCCUGGGUCGGCGGUCGCUACUCCGUGUGGAGCGCCAUUGGUCUCUCUGUUGCCCUCUACAUCGGCUUCGACAACUUCCACCAAUUCCUGGCUGGUGCUCACGCCAUGGAUAAGCACUUCCGCGAGACUCCCCUCGAGCAGAACAUUCCCGUUCUCGGUGGUCUGCUGAGCGUCUGGUACAGCGACUUCUUCGGCGCCCAGACCCAUCUCGUAGCACCUUUCGACCAGUACCUGCAUCGCUUCCCCGCCUACCUGCAGCAGCUCUCCAUGGAGAGUAACGGCAAGGCUAUCACGCGCACCGGAGAAUACGUCAAGUACACCACCGGCCCCAUUCUGUUCGGUGAGCCCGCCACCAACGCCCAGCACAGCUUUUUCCAGCUGCUGCACCAGGGUACCAAGCUUAUUCCUUCGGAUUUCAUCAUGGCUGCUGAGUCGCACAACCCCGUCGAGGGCGGCAAGCACCAGCGCAUGCUGGCCUCCAACUUCCUUGCUCAGUCCGAGGCCUUGAUGGUCGGAAAGACUCCUGAGCAGGUCAAGACUGAGGGCGCCCCCGACAACCUGGUGCCUCACAAGACAUUCCUGGGUAACCGCCCAACCACCUCUAUCCUCGCCCAGAAGAUCACUCCCUCCACGCUCGGUGCCCUGAUUGCUUACUAUGAGCACCUCACCUUCACCGAGGGUGCUGUGUGGAACAUCAACUCUUUCGACCAGUGGGGUGUCGAAUUGGGCAAGGUUCUUGCCAAGAAGAUCCAGAAGGAGCUGGAGACACCCGGAGAAGGUGGUGACCACGACGCCUCCACCAGCGGCUUGCUGCUGGCCUUCAAGAAGAAGGCCAACCUGGCUUAGAUGUUGGCCGGUCAAGUCAAAUCAGACUACAAAAAUGUAAUUCUUCACGACUCAUGAGUGAUCACUUCGUUUCUUCCAUAGCACACAAUCGAAAUAAAAGCCAUCAAUUCAAGAUGUUGCCCAUC